AUGGACGCAGCUACUCUGACCUACGACACGCUGCGAUUCGCUGAGUUUGAGGAUUUCCCUGAGACCUCGGAGCCUGUCUGGAUCCUGGGGAAGAAGUACAGCGUCCUCACAGAAAAGGACGAGAUCUUGGCCGAUGUGACGUCGAGACUCUGGUUUACGUACAGAAAGAACUUCCCGGCCAUUGGGGGCACCGGCCCCACCUCGGACACGGGCUGGGGCUGUAUGCUGAGGUGUGGACAGAUGAUCUUCGCCCAAGCCCUGGUGUGUCGGCACCUGGGCCGCGACUGGAGGUGGACGCAGCGGAAGAGGCAGCCAGACAGCUACUCCAGUGUCCUGCAGGCAUUCCUGGACAGGAAGGACAGCUGCUACUCCAUCCACCAGAUAGCACAAAUGGGAGUCGGUGAGGGCAAGUCCAUCGGCCAGUGGUAUGGGCCCAACACCGUCGCCCAAGUCCUCAAGAAGCUGGCUGUCUUUGACACCUGGAGCGCCCUGGCUGUGCAUGUGGCGAUGGACAACACGGUGGUGAUGGCGGACAUCAGGAGGUUGUGCAGGAGCGGCCUUCCCUGUGCUGGGGCCGAGGCCUUCCCCGCAGACUCCGAGCGGCACUGCAACGGCUUCCCGGCGGGGGCCGAAGGCGGCGGGCGCACGGUGCCCUGGAGGCCCUUGGUGCUGCUCAUCCCGCUGCGCCUGGGGCUGGCGGACGUCAACGCGGCCUACGCGGGCACGCUCAAGCACUGCUUCCGGAUGCCCCAGUCCCUGGGCGUGAUCGGGGGGAAGCCCAACAGUGCCCACUACUUCAUCGGAUACGUUGGGGAUGAGCUCAUCUACCUGGACCCCCACACCACGCAGCCGGCUGUCGCGACCUCUGACCGCUGCCCGGUUCCGGAUGAGAGCUUCCACUGCCAGCACCCGCCCGGCAGGAUGAGCAUCGCGGAGCUCGACCCGUCCAUCGCCGUGGGUUUUUUUUGUAAGACUGAGGACGACUUUAACGACUGGUGUCAGCAAGUGAGAAAGCUGUCCCUGCUGGGAGGCGCCCUGCCCAUGUUUGAGCUGGUGGAGCAGCAGCCUUCCCACCUGGCCUGUCCUGACGUCCUCAACUUGUCCUUAGAUUCUUCUGAUGCGGAGCGACUGGAAAGAUUCUUUGACUCAGAAGAUGAAGACUUUGAGAUCCUGUCCCUCUGA